AUGCCGUGGGGGGUUUUCUUUCUGAGUGCGGUGGCUCACUACAACUUUGAGAGAUGGCUCGGACGCCGCUCGGUCGAGUCUCUGUGGCCAGACACCAUCCCGUCGCAGCCGGCUCUCUGCUCGGCGGGGGGGCAUAGCAUGUACGUGUCGCUCGCAGAGCAGCUUGAUCGCGUCGAGCGAACCGGCUGUGGCGAGCGCAAGUCCGCAACGUGCAUGAUGAAAAUAGGGCGGGAUCGGAAUGACGGGAUGGGCUCGCAGAUGAAUCGCCGGCUCUCUUUGUUCGUCGCAGCGUUUAUGCUGAACUGCGCUUUCGAACAUGCCCCAAUCUUGCCAAUGAACGCUCGCAGCGCCAAACACGGCGUGAAGCCCGGCGCGGCAGAGCACCACUUUCGACUCAGCGGCGCGAUCGGUGCGCCGAUCGACGCGCUCGCAAGUGAGUCAGUAUGUCGGAUUCGGUCGCGGAAACAGAGCUGGGGGGAAGGGUGCCCGUCGCUGCAUCCGAACAUUUUUCGCAACAACACGCGCCUUGAGGCGCUUGGAGCAACAUUCAUUGCGGCAGCAGCCCCGCGAAAUGGCACCGCAGCGUUGCUCUCUCUGGCCGCUCGCACGCAUUUCUUGUAUCGAGUGGAGCAAUGGCAGCGUCAAAGCGAAGGGCAGGGCGUGACAUGCGGCUCGGAUCCGAUCUACUUUCCGGCUGCUCUCGACCGCUGCCGCUACUUGCAGGCUCGAGUCUCCCUGCGCGCUGCCUACUUUGACCCCCAGACCCCGAAACAGCACGCGCACUGUCCUCCUUUUGCUGGCGGCGAGUAUCAGCCAUCACGGGGGACUGCAAGGCCCGCACAACGCUCGCUCGACUGGUUCCAGCCCGCGAGGGCGGGCACAAUGCCGCUGGAGAUCGCGGUGCACAUGCGCCGCGGUGACCUCCGGAGUGUCGACCCAGGGCGUUUCAUCCAAAUGGACUCGUACAAGCACCCACUGCGCGCCUUGAUCGCCGAGGUUGAGGGGCUGCGCGCAACGUGGGCUCAGCUGGGGAGGCUGCUGCUGCCACAGCUGCAUGUCAUGUCGGAGGGCCUCGCCGCUGACUUUGCAGCGCUCCCGAGAUGGCUCAAUUCCACGUGGCCGGUUCGCUUGCACCUCGACUCGGACCCCCUGGCUACGAUUGAUCACCUCAUCGGCGCCGAUGUACUCGUCGGAUCCAUAAGCAGCUACAGCAACACGGCGAUGAUGUACUCUGCCGGUGUCCACUUGCAGGUGUGCUGCGCGAAUGAGUUUGACCCGCCACUUCCGUGGCGUGACCUCCACAAGCAGCCGGCUCUGCAACGCGAGUUUCGCUGUCAGCUGAGCGCUCACUUGGAAUACAAGUGGCGCCAGAAGUCCGGCACGUCACUGCGCUUCUAG